GCUCUUCUGGGGAAAAAAACCAAAAAAACAUUUCUGAAGGCAAGAAAAAUUCUGGAAGUUGCAGCCCUCCUUGUCAUGAGUGUCUUCUGGUGCGUAAGGAGUGAGCAGGAUACUCUGAGGCCUUUUGCAGGUUCUGUCUUCAUUUUGCUGACUCAAACCGCAGAUUCCAAGGAAAGGAGGGGAAGUGGAAUAAAAUACUCAAGUGCCAAAGGAGAAGCCAGACUAGUCGAUGAAAGUUACUGUUACUAAGCUGUAGACUGCUCUCACUUACACAUAGUGGGGGGAAAAAAAUUGCUGUUGGUUCAAAGCUUAUAAAAUUACUUUUGCAGACUUUCCUCACUGAACUUCAAACAGGCAAAACCCCUUCAACUGGGGCUGAAUUAGGAAAUGGAAAUAUGACUCCUUCCUGGUGUCUUCCAUCUUCCUCUCCCUCUGCAGGGUUUUUUGUUUGGGGUAGGAAAUCCUGAACAAAUUGUAUGGCGUCAACCAAACUUGUAGUUGAUGGUUAUGGAUGACCUAGGAACUUCAGAUUUGUGUCUCUGCAAUGACACCCGAGUAAGGCAAAGGUUGAAAACUGCUCAUCAGCUACUUUAUCAAAACCUGUAGUAACUAUUACAGUCAUGCUUUCGCGCUCUUUCUAACUUUUGAACUCUGGGGUGAUGCUCCCUGGAAGGGAUGUGCAGAUAAGUCACCUUUUUGGGUUGGAAACAGCAGUAAUUUGAGAAUGCCCAGAAGAGGCUUAGUAAUUCAAGCCAGGACUCGUUGGCUCUUAGUGGGCCUUGCUUUACUAUUCAGUUUAGUCUUGCUCAUGUAUUUGCUUGAGUGUGCUCCACAAACAGAUGGUAAUGGAUCUCUACCGGGUGUCGUAGGAGAAAACAUGGGUAAAGAAUACUAUCAAGCUCUCUUGCAGGAACAAGAAGAGCACUAUCAAAAUCGAGCUACUAGUCUGAAACGUCAGAUUGCCCAGUUAAAGCAAGAACUUCAGGAAAUGAGUGACAAAUUGAAAUCCCUGCAGGAAAAAAAGAGCCCCAAGGUCAAUGGUAUGAACUACCAGGGCACCAAAGAACAAGCACCCAAUGAUCUCCUAGAGUUUCUUCAUUCCCAGAUUGACAAAGCUGAGGUGAGCAUGGGGGCCAAACUGCCUAGUGAAUAUGGCGUCAUUCCUUUUGAAAGCUUUACGUCCAUGAAAGUAUUCCAGCUGGAGAUGGGGCUCACUCGGCAUCCGGAAGAGAAACCCGUUAGAAAAGAUAAGCGCGAUGAAUUGGUGGAAGUUAUUGAGGCUGGCCUAGAAGUUAUCAAUAAUCCAGAUGAAGAAGAUGGACAAGAUGAAGAUGAUGGAGUAGGAGAGAGGCAGCUGUAUAGUGAAAAUGAUUUCAUAGAAGGUUACUAUCGUACAGAAAGAGAUAAGGGGACACAGUAUGAGCUGUUUUAUAAGAAGAUGGAUGGCAUGGAAUACAGACAUGUCACCUUGUUCCGACCUUUUGGACCCCUCAUGAAAGUGAAGAGUGAAACUGUCGAUAUUUCUAGAUCAAUCAUUAACAUUAUUGUCCCUCUUGCUGGAAGAACUGAGGCAUUUGCACAGUUUAUGCAAAACUUUAGGGAUGUGUGUAUUCAUCAGGAUAAGCGUGUUCACCUCACAGUGGUGUAUUUUGGACAAGAUGGGCUAUCAGAAGUAAAAAGCAUCCUAGAAUCUGUAGCUAGAGAAACUAACUUCCACAAUUACACGCUUGUCUCUCUGAAUGAGGAAUUUAACCGAGGCAGAGGACUUGACAUGGGCGCCAGAGCCUGGGAAAAAGGCGAGGUCCUGAUGUUCUUCUGUGAUGUUGAUGUUUAUUUCACAGCAGAGUUCCUCAACAGCUGUCGCUUAAAUGCUGAGCCCGGGAAAAAGGUUUUUUAUCCUGUGGUAUUCAGCCUUUAUAAUCCUGCUAUUGUCUAUGCCAACCAAGAUAUACCACCCCCUGUGGAGCAACAAUUGGUACACAAGAAGGAUUCUGGUUUCUGGCGGGAUUUUGGCUUUGGGAUGACUUGUCAAUAUCGGACAGACUUUCUGACUGUUGGGGGUUUUGACUUGGAAGUGAAAGGCUGGGGCGGUGAGGAUGUUCACCUUUACAGAAAGUACUUGCACGGUGACCUUAUUGUGAUCAGGACACCGGUCCCUGGUCUCUUUCACCUCUGGCAUGAGAAACAUUGUGCAGACGAGCUCACUCCAGAGCAGUACCGCAUGUGUAUCCAGUCCAAAGCCAUGAAUGAGGCCUCUCACUCGCACCUUGGGAUGCUGGUCUUCAGGGAGGAGAUCGAGACUCACCUCCGUAAGCAGGCUUACAGGACUAACAGCGAAGCAGUGGGUUAAAAUGUCAACCCCUUGACAUUCGAUGACUUCAAAUUCACAGUGAACCAGCAUCAUUUUACAGCCUUAAUUCAGCUUAAAAAUGCAGUGCCUCUCUUUUUUCAGUGAAGAAGAGUUUAGAGGGUUUUUGGUUCUUGUAUUUGUUUUCCGAGUAAUUCUUUGACUGAUACGCUAUGACCUACAUAUCUUGCGAGUUCAAGCACCUCAAAUUGGAAAGCGUAUGUAUUUUGAGGAAAGUGUCUUCAGUAUCAAUUGGAAAAAUCAGUGGAAUGUACAACUCAACACUCUUCCACAUGGUACAUUUCCAUUCUUAUAUUUGCAUUAUUUUAAAAAUUAAAUUAAGUAAUCUUUUGUGU